AUGUCACGGCCAGGAGGCCGCCGCGACGACCAACUACGCAAGAUUUCCAUCACGUACGAGGGUCUUGACCGCGUCGACGGUUCUGCGCGAUUCAGCUUCGGCCAGACCUCCGCGCUCGCCUCCGUGUCUGGCCCCAUCGAAGUCCGGCCAGCACAGGAGAACCCGGCGCAGGCGACCCUCGACGUGCAGGUGCGGCCCGUCGCCGCGCUCCCGGGCACGGACGCGAAGGCUCUCGCGACGACGCUGAAGGGGAUCCUCGCGCACUCGCUCUUCCUCGCGCGCAGCCCGCGCACCCUCGUGCAGAUCGUCGGCCAGGCCCUGUCCGGCGCGGAGACUGGUAGCGGCAGCGGCAGCGCUGGGCGAGGGUGGCCGGCGAGCCUCACUGCCGCAUUGGUGAACGCGGCCGCUGCGGCACUGAUCAACGCGGGCUCGGUACCGAUGAAAGGGGUCGUGUGCGCGGUCGCGGUGGGGAGGAUGACGGGUGGGGCUGUCCUGGUGCUGGACCCGGAGGAGAGCGAGCUGCCUCGACUGGCCGGUGGUGGGUGCUUUGCGUUCCUCUUUUCGUCGACGCUCGGGGACGGGAAGGAGUCUCCGGCGGUGGACGUCCCUCCGUGCUCGAUGCUAUGGACCAACUUCACGACGUCGGCUCCAUUCGAUGUGGACGAGCUGUCCCGUGCACGUCAACUGGCGGCGAAGGGGGCGGUCGAAGUCUGGCUGGCGAUGAAGGGGACUAUGGGGUCGGGCGCGGGCACUUUGAAUGAUUCUACGAGUACACAAGUCAAGGAGGAGAAUCUGUCCCAAAACGUACCCAGUGGUGCAAUGGAAGUGGACGAUGACGAGGUCGAGAUAUGA